CGAAACGUCGCGGUCGUGGUCGUCGUCGUCGUCCUGCGUCAUAAGCACGCAUAAGCAUAAGUAAAUCUCCCUUUCUUCACCAUUCGCUUCGUGCGCUCGUUGUUCGUGUGCGCUGAGAUGCAGGCUCCUUAGCUCAUUCCAUUUAGCAACGGCCAUUAGGUUCGCUUGAUUAAGCGUGGCGGUUGUGGUGGUGCUGUGUGCGGCUAUUAUACGUGUGUGGCAGAACUCGUGAACUCUUUUUCCCUCCACUUAUCGAGAAAGCGUCUGGUGCAAUCUUUCGUCGUCGAGAUGUGAAUGCCGCGCGCGGGCGUAACCCACCAUACACACAACAACAGCCGAUUGAAUUCCCGCUACAGAAGAGGAUAUAUUGCGACGAAGUACUAGUGAAGUGACGUGUGCUGCAGCAGUACCGAGCAAAACUGUUGCUUUAGUUAAUCUACUAGACUAGACACUAGAUACAAACACACAUAAAACAAACAGAAACAGAGACGCUUGUCGGUAUGCCACCGGAAUCGAUGGCAACACAGCAGCACCGUGGCAGCAGCCGCUGCUGGAGCUCUCACAUCCGGCCAUCGUUGCUGGUGCUGGUCGUCGCGCUUUCGGUGCAUCUGCAGUCGACCGCGGUGCUCGGUGCCGCCUGUCAACCGCGCCAGACGCGAUGGGAUACGGUGGCGGGCGGUUGCGUGCCAUGCCAGGUGUGUGCCGAUCACGAGAUCGUACUGCGACCCUGCCAGGACUACAUGGACACGGUUUGCGGUACGAUGAAGGAUUUGGCCGCCAGCAACCGGCACCUGCGCUCACACCUACCGCUGCCCGAUCUGCCACCGUCGCCGUCGUCGUCGUUACCAGAGGACGACUCCGCCAGCUCCGACGGUGUACGGGCCGUGCAUGGUAACCACCACUGGAAGCAGGAGCGGCGAAAAGAGAACGGCGUCCAGCUGCACCGGAAGCGCACCGACACCGAGGAGAUCCUGUGGGAUUGGCAGAUCGCCUCGCUACUGCUAGCCGUCGUCGGUUGCCUGCUGUUCCUGCUGGCGGCUGCCUGUGUCGCCCUCAAUCAGAGCCGCCAGUGGCGCCGCAUCGAGAAGCACUUUGACGCAGAUAUGGAGGCACUAUCGGUGCAGCUGGUGAGUCACCUGGCGAGCAUGCAGCACCUCGAAAGCGGCCCGAUCAUGCUGGAAAACUUCGACAACAAGCGGCUGCGCCCGGCCAGCCAACCGAUCGAGGUGCGCUGCGUCUAUCUGGAUCAGUUGCUCGACGAACACUGUUGCCAAAAAGUGUGCGAUCGGCCGUUGCUGCGGAGCCCGGCAGCUUGCGGUUCUAGCAAUGGCAACAGCAACGGCAACGUGUACAUCGAGGAUUCGAUCGAUCCGCCGAUUAAGCAGCCGGCCCAGCCGACCCUGACGGUGGCACUACCUCCUCCUCCGCCAUCACCGGCAUCCUCACUCCCGGCACGGCUCUACUGAGAACCUGCGCUGACCGAAUGAUGAGCGCAGCAACCGCGAUGCGACAUGCGACGAGCGCGUAGAAGCAACAGCAGCAGCAGCAGCAGUAGCAACAGUACUUCGAUCCCGACAUUCGGUGUUCAAAUCCUGUUGCAAUCGGGUUAAAGGUAGGUUUUGGGGAUGGUGCGGAAACGAGAGGUUAUUUGUUUGCCCUUCCUUAGAAGUUGUGCAUGCACGCAAAAACACAAACUGUUGUAGAAGCCGCCUACAUUAUGUACAGAUUUGUUUAAGCCCCCAAAGAGAGAAAGAGGAAGAGAGAGAGAGAGAGAAAAGAGAGAAAGAGAGAGAGAGAGAGAGAGAGAGAGAGAGAGUGAAAGAGAGAGAGAGAGAGAGGAAAAAAAAUAUAGAGAACGUAAGAGAUUGUCGAAUCGAACGAUGUCCUAGGCACCCCCUCCCUUUAUCCUCCCUCACCACGUAAAUGGGGGAAAAUUGUGUAAGUAAGUGAAACGCCAUGCAUUGUUAGCAUGUGCUAUAUAUGUAUAUGUGUGUUUGUGAGUGUGUAUGUGUGUGACUACUCGAGUGCCUUCACUCACGUGCCUUCGAAUUGUAUUGUGUAUGAACUGUGUAAAUACUAACCAAGUGACAACGAGGAACGAAUGAACGAAUGCCGGAGCAUAGGAGAACGCAUAUAAAAAGAUGAAAAAGCAAAAAUAAAACCAGCACAGUAGCAGAAAGUUCAAACAAAACCCACUAGCAGACAGGUGAACGAAGGCGACCCAUAGAAAUGUCAGUUGACCGGUAAACUCAAACGAUGAUAGAAAUGUAAAGCAAAUGUCGAAGUACAGUAUAAGCAAACGAUACUAAUCCAGUCCACGCAAAACGCAAAACCGAGCAAAGAGGUGGGCAAAGAAAAGCAUGGUGCAGCGGAUGACGAAUACGAAGCGUAACCGGAAGAUAGAAGAUAGAUAAACAGAUAAUGAUAAUUCAACCGAAAAUGGCGUAAGAUGACAGGAAGCAUAAGAAAAUGAGAAACCUCAGACGAUGUGAAAGGAGGAAGAAGGAAAAGAAAGAGCGGUGGAGGGAGGGGGGGCGAGGGGAGAGAAAGAGUCGAAUAGUCGAUAAGUUCCUUGCUGUCGAAAUGUCGCACCGUAAGACCCUGGUAACCGAGCGCGUACAAAAUGAAAUGGUGUUUGGCAUAAUAAUUCUUCGCUGCGUUGUUCUGACAUUUUCUGUCUGUUUUUUGUUGUUGUUGUGCGUGGCAACACCCGUACGUUACCCGAACCAGUCAGCUCCCCUUUGUCUGUCUUCAUCAUUUUUCCAUUCAACUCCCCGAACUCGCGGUGUGUAUAUUUGCUAUUAUUUCUCCGUUUUUGCUUGUUUUGUCAACAAAAUAAGGAAAUAUCCUAUUUCGAGGGAGUCGUGGGUCAAGGGGUACACGCAAAAGCCAACGACGAACCACCCGUCCCCUACAUCGCCAUCACCCUUUCCGAUCCGACUGCUAUCAGCGCGCAUCACUGUAACCGAAGGAAGGAAGAGAUGUUUAAGAUCGCGAACCAUACAGUUUCUGUUGUAUAAGUAUGCUAGAAAUGGGGGAAGGGGGGCGGGAGGGUAUCAGUAUGGGAAGCUUAAUAGU